AUGGCUUGGUUCGGCAUCACCCCUCUCAAGAAGUUCCCGACGCCCGUCUUGCGGCCUCUCGCUCCCUUCUUCGCUGCCGGUGCCAUCAUCUUCUACGGUGUCAACUCCGCCCAGAACGCCAUGAUGAAGUCCGACGAGUGGAAGAACGACCCUCGCAACCCCAACGCCAAGUCUGGCGGCCACUAA